GGCCGCCAUCACAUCACCUCGCAUUAGACGGUGUCUUGAACCCCUCCUGCAGGAUCCCGACACUGGGCACGCGCCACAGCCACGGUCUCUUUUUUUGCAACAGCGAUGCGCGUCAGGGGAGAACGUGAGCCAAUCUGCUUCAGCACGUAGACGAUCGUAAUUCAGAAAAGCCCACCGCACCGUCUCCUCUAGUCUCCGUCUCGGUCUCGCACUCCCUUUCCCCCCUCAGAGAGCCACCAUCACCCUUCCUGCUGACUCAGUGCCUUACCGCACACAUCACAUCCUCGAAUCUCGCCCGCCGAACGGAACUCUGCGUCGCGCGCCCCUCCAACGCACCAACGCCCCGUCACCAAGACUAACAACAACCACCACCACCACCACAGACAUGGCCAAGACUGCAAUCGCCUACAAGGAGAAGAUGAAGGAGUUGUCCCUCAUCAACCUCAUCUGCUCUUGCUUCCACUCGGAGGCCAAGAACGCAGUCAUCGCCCAGUUUGAAGACAUGGAGGUGAAGCCCAUCAACAAGCGUGCGUCGGGCCAGGCCUUCGAGGUGAUCCUCAAGUCUCCGUCGCCCACCAGCGACGGCAACUACAGCAUCACCACCCCUCCCAAGAAGAGGGACCUCUCCCUGGAGGACAUCCAGAAGAAGCUGGAGGCCGCCGAGGACCGCAGGAGAUCCCAGGAGGCCCAGGUGCUGAAGGCGCUGGCUGAGAAGCGCGAGCACGAGCGGGACGUGCUGCUGAAGGCCAUGGAGGAGAACAGCGCCUUCAGCCGCAUGGCCGAGGAGAAGCUGGCCGUCAAGAUGGAGCAGAUCAAGGAGAACCGCGAGGCCUACAUCGCCGCCAUGAUGGAACGCCUCCAGGAGAAGGAGAGGCAUGCCCAGGUGGUCCGCAGGAACAAGGAGCUGAGGGAAGAGCUGACAGCGUGAACGCACGCCCCGCCUACCACCACUCCACCCCUCUCUC